CAUCAUGCAGGCAAUCGCUGCUCUGCUUCUUAUUUGGCUUGCAAAUGUUGCAAUUUCAUCCAACACCCCAGUUUGUAAAAAUGGAUUCACACUAAUUAACAACAAGUGUUUGCGUCUUUUCUACGAAGAAGUAAUCCACAGAGAUGCUGAAUUAUCAUGCAGAAACUAUGGUGCAACACUUGUUACGGUCAAGAAUGCUCAAGAUAAUCAAGAUGUUGCUACUAUUGCUGGGAGUGCUAAACUUAUUUGGCUCGGCCUGUCUUGUUUUGAAGAUAGUUUUGGAAAAUGUUUCUGGGAUGAUGCAUCCGGCUCGGCAAACAGCUACAACAGUUUUUCUGGGGGUUAUCCUAACGUCCAAGUUGGACAAUGUGUGUAUUAUUCUACGCAGGGAGUGUUAGCUGGAAAAUGGAUCAGUGAGGAUUGUGAACGCUAUCGCAUGCCUUACAUUUGUGAGCUACCAACAACCUACCAGGAUAGCUGUUCUUACAACUACAACGGGUACUGCUACACAUUCAGCUCGACUGCCGUACCAUUUGUCACUGCACAGAAAAUAUGUGAACUAAGCUGUGGAAACCUUGUGUCUAUACAUUCUCCGAAUGAACUUCAGUAUAUUGUUAACUUUGCUCCAUUUGUGGACGACGGUUACUUUAUUGGAGCGACAUGGAAAAAUAACUACAGCCUCAGUUGGCUGGAUGAUUCUCCGUGGGACUACGAUAGAAUUGAUCCAUCAUUUUCAGUUAAAGUUGGCUAUUGCUUUACGAUAUACACUGGUGUGGGCUCUAAAAUCACUGGUUCCUGGUACAGCGUUGACAAUUGGGAAAUUCCUAAUCAGUAUAUAUGCAAGAUACCUGCUGGUGUUCCAUGCUCGCCUGCACCACCAGUAACUCCCACACCAAACUUAUCAAAUUGCAACGGACCGCGAAUGAUGUAUUCAGGAGUUUUCACCUCUCCAAAUUAUCCAAAUAACUACGAUAACAACGAGGAUUGCACUUACCUUAUUUCCACAUUGGGGCCCUACGGAAUAUUUUUGUUCAUUGCACCAUUUAGUACGGAACACAAGUAUGAUGUUGUGACCAUUUACGAUGGCCCAACAACAAGCCACAAAGUUUUGGCUCAUUUAAGCGGAGAAAUUGGUAUUUCUAUGAUGACUUCAAGUGGAAACAGUUUGCUUGUAACCUUUAAGUCGGAUAAAACAAACACUUUUUCUGGAUUUAGCGCGAGAUUUUACUCUACUCGAUUGAUAAAUGAUUAAGAUUUGUGUUUGAUACGUGCAAAUCUAUCAACGAUUGUUCAAUAAAUUUUUUGAAAAUGG